UUUGUUUUUCGCUUCCCGAAACACACAAAACUAACUUCUUCCUCAAAUCAAAAAAAUUAAACCGAUCGAACGAUCAAUCAAACCCUUCUCUAAAUAACCAAAAAUCCCAGAUGGGUCCCCAGAUUUUCCCACACUUUCCCACCCUUUCCCUCACUUUCUCGCACUUUCUUCUCCUCUCUCUCCUACUCAUCACGACCUCUGCCACCACCACCAUCUACGACCACCUCCGCCUCCAUGGCCUCCCCACAGGCCUCCUCCCGAAGGGCAUAACCAACUUUUCGGUCUCACCCACAACGUCGCUCUUCCAAAUCUCCCUGCCAAACCCUUGCAUCGCCAAGUUCGAGAACCAGCUCCUCUACGACCCCAACAUCUCCUUUUACCUCACCCACGCCCACAUCGGCAACCUGUCUGGUGUCUCGGCGCAGGAGCUCUUCCUCUGGUUCCCUGUGAAAGGGAUACGCGUGGAUGUUCCCAGUUCUGGGGUUAUUCACUUCGAUGUGGGCGUGGUCGACAAGCAGUACUCUUUGUCCCUUUUUGAGUCCCCUCCUGAUUGCACCGUUGCCGAGCCUUUGGGCCCCAGUGAUUUAGUCGAUGGCAGUCUCCUGGAUUCGGAGUCUCUGAAGGGCGAAUCUGGAAAGCUCGAGUAUGAACUUGGUCAUGAGCGUGAUGUACUGAGGGCAGUGUCAUAGAUUUGUGGAGGCAGAUAUGGUUCAAUAUUGGAGUUAGCUCACUCAACCUAUAAAUAAAUAAACAAAUUAAAGAAAGAGAAAGUUAGCAUCUGUGGUUUUUUUUCUUUUCUUUUGCCUCGCGAGAAUUUCAGAUCUGGUUCCACUGGUCUUAUGCUUGAGGAAUGUGUGCUUCUGGGCUGUGUUGUACAGACUUUUUGGCCUGAUACUUCUGUCUUUAUGAGAAAGAUACAACCUUUGUUAAAAAAAAAAAAAAAAAAAAGAGGGAGAAGAGAAGAGAAGAGAAGAGGGUCAUGUUUGACCGACAGGGGCAUCGGGUCAGGUUGGUCUCCACAAAUGGUAUGCUGUAAAUGUUGUUUGUUGUUUUCAUAGAAGUCUCAUUUGUAGCUGUUGUAUUCAGUUCCUGUAAAUUUAGGAAAUGGCAUUGCGCCAUGAUGGUUUUGAUGAAUAAGUAUACUGGAAAAGUAAAAUCUAUGUUUGUUUUUAUCAUAUUACUAUAUACAGAUGAGUGUUGUGUUGAGUUUAUUA